AAUGAAUCCGACUUACCAAGGAGGUAAUUACCUUCCUUAUCAACCGCCUCCACCGCCACCUCAACCGCCAUUGCCUGCUACUAACUCAACCAGCAAUACAAAUGCCACUACUACAAAUCAAUCUACUUAUUAUACUUCUCCAACAACAUCUUAUCAAUAUUAUAAUAAUGCUCUUCCUUCAAUUUCCGAUACUGGAAGUACUCAAGGAAUUAGUCAGGAACCAACUUUAGCUGAUUACAAUGCUUAUCAAGGAUAUGAUGGUUAUUAUGAUUAUUAUGAGGGUUAUGGGGAAGAGGAGUAUUAUGAAGAUGAUGGAAAACAGAAGCACUACCAUUGUGAAAUUUGUAAUGUUAUGUGCUCUGGAUAUGAUAAUUAUUUUGCUCAUUUGUGUGACCUUCCACUCUUUCUCAAGGGCCUUUCGCCUUUCUUCCACUCCAAGGUGGAUGGGCCUUCCACCUUGCCUCCUUCUACCUCCUAG